AUGUUGAAGCUCGGCGGUGGCGGGCAGGACUGGGCAUGCUCAGUAGCGGGGACAGGUCUGGGAGGCGAGGAAGCCUCGUUUGAAGUCGCGCGACUGGGGCAGCGGGGGAAGGCGGGCUCUGGGGGCCCCGGCUGGGGGUGCGCGGGGAUCCCCGAUUCCGCGCCGGGGGCGGGCGCCGGGGGGCCUGCGCGGGAGGGGCAGGGCGUGGAGGAGGUGGGAACGCCGGCGGGAGGAGGGGAGGAGCGCCCGACUCGCCAUCCCCCGGCGCAGGCUCUGCGGCUGCUGAAUCGGAAGCCGCAAGGAGGAUCCGGGGAAAUAAAGACGCCCGAGAAUGACCUCCAGCGAGGCCGCCUGAGCCGGGGCCCGCGCGCCACCCAACCAGCCUCUGGCAUGGGCGACCACGGCGGGCAGCCUGAGCGCUCGGCCCCGCACGCCCCGGGGACUCCCGCCAGCGUCGGCGCUGCAGCCGUGAACGGGCUGCUGCACAACGGGUUCCACCCGUCGCGCCUCUGCAGCCGGGGCCCCCCGGGCGAUAGCGACGCGGCACCCCCGCGCCUGCCGCUCCAGCCAGAGCUCCAGCCACAGCCGCCGCCCCCUCAGCACGACUCCCCCGCCAAGAAAUGCCGGCUGAGGAGGAGGAUGGACUCCGGGAGGAAGAACAGGCCGCCGUUCCCGUGGUUCGGCAUGGACAUCGGUGGGACGCUGGUUAAAUUGGUCUACUUUGAGCCGAAGGAUAUUACAGCUGAAGAAGAGCAGGAAGAGGUGGAGAACCUGAAGAGCAUCAGGAAGUAUUUGACUUCUAACACGGCUUAUGGGAAAACCGGGAUCCGAGAUGUCCACCUGGAACUGAAAAACUUGACCAUGUGCGGGCGGAAGGGGAACCUGCACUUCAUCCGCUUCCCCAGCUGCGCAAUGCACAAGUUCAUCCAAAUGGGCAGCGAGAAGAACUUCUCCAGCCUGCACACCACGCUCUGUGCCACGGGAGGUGGGGCUUUCAAGUUCGAGGAGGAUUUCCGAACGAUUGCUGACCUGCAGCUGCACAAACUGGACGAACUGGACUGUCUGAUUCAGGGCCUGCUUUACGUCGACUCCAUUGGCUUCAAUGGCAAGCCGGAAUGUUACUACUUUGAAAAUCCCACAAAUCCCGAGUUGUGUCAGAAAAAGCCGUACUGCCUGGAUAACCCGUACCCUAUGUUGCUGGUGAACAUGGGCUCAGGUGUCAGCAUCCUAGCAGUGUACUCCAAGGACAACUAUAAAAGAGUUACAGGGACCAGUCUUGGAGGUGGAACAUUCCUAGGCCUUUGUUGCUUGCUGACUGGUUGUGAGACCUUUGAAGAAGCUCUGGAAAUGGCAGCUAAAGGCGACAGCACCAAUGUUGAUAAGCUGGUGAAGGACAUUUACGGAGGAGACUAUGAACGAUUUGGCCUUCAAGGAUCUGCGGUAGCAUCAAGCUUUGGCAACAUGAUGAGUAAGGAAAAGCGAGAUUCCAUCAGCAAGGAAGACCUCGCCCGAGCCACCCUCGUCACCAUCACCAACAACAUUGGCUCCAUUGCUCGGAUGUGUGCGCUGAAUGAGAAUAUUGAUAGGGUUGUGUUCGUUGGGAAUUUUCUCAGAAUCAAUAUGGUCUCCAUGAAGCUGCUAGCAUACGCCAUGGAUUUUUGGUCCAAAGGACAGCUAAAAGCUCUGUUUUUGGAACAUGAGGGUUACUUUGGAGCUGUCGGGGCACUGUUGGAACUGUUCAAAAUGCCUGAUGACCAGUAG